AUGGAUUCCCUUCCGCAUGCAUUCGAGGCUGAAAUGUCGCUCUCUCAAGAGGAACUGCAGACCAUUCGAGACCUGUACAAGAAAGAAGGAGCUGCUGUUUCUCCACAGGUCAAGUUUAACUAUGCUUGGGCAUUAGUUCGCAGUACAAAAAGACAAGACCAACAGCUUGGUGUGGAUCUACUUCAUGCUAUAUAUCGUGAAAAUCCUGGACGAAGACGGGAAUGUCUGUACUAUUUGGCUCUUGGCGAGUACAAACUUGGAAACUACACCAAAGCUCGUCGGUAUGACGAAACACUACUGAAUAUGGAGCCGAGCAACCCUCAAGCUCUGGCACUCAAAACAUUGAUCGCUGAACACGUUCAACAAGAGGGUCUUGUUGGUAUGGCCAUUGUUGGUGGAAUGGUUGCUGUUGUGGGUAUUGUCGGUGCCAUGUUUAUGCGUCGUAAAAACUAAGCCUAUGAAAU